AUGCCUUGUGAAAAUGGACAGACUUUAUCCAAGCGAAAACAUGGCGUCUGCGUCCCGAGGUUUAGUUUCUUUUCCAGUCUGCUACUGGCGCUCUGCUGUCUGGAGGUAUGGGGCUCCGGGCCGCAAGGGGACGACGGCAGGAGCUGCAACCCAUGUCCCGUUAACUGCAGCUGCGCUCUGGCGGGGCCCCAGCCGUCCUGCGUCGUCAACUGCUCCAACAUCGGGCUGGAGAGGGCCCCAGCUGCGGCCGACAUCCCGCUGGCCACCAACGUGCUAGAUCUGUCCAAGAAUCGCAUCUCCUCUCUUGAUACAAGUCUGCUAGACCGUCUCACUGGCCUCCAAGAGCUGUAUCUUCAAGAGAACAAGAUCAGUAUUCUCCCAAGAGGGGUUUUGUGCUGUGGGCCGUUGUCAAUUGUCAAUUUGAGCCACAACCAAAUCACCACCAUAGAAGAAAGAAUAUGCGACAACUUAUGCAAUUUAACUCAAAUUGACCUGAGCUUUAACCUCUUUGAAUGCGACUGUAAGCUGUUCCCGUUGGUCAGCUGGCUCCAGGAGAAAGGGGUGCGAGUUCGACGGCCAGACUCCAUGCUCUGUAACCAUCCUCCUGAGUUGCGCAACCAGCCUUUGCUCAACGUCAGCCUGCUCACCUGUGGACCAAAUUAUGCAGCUUGUCUCAAGGACAGCAGCAGUGGAGGAGGGGAACGGAGCGAGCUUGUCAUCUUCUCUUCCUCCACACCGGGCAACCUCACACGUGAACAGUGUAACAGUGUGUGUUUUGCUGCAUCGCAUCGCUAUGGAGGCUUGGGGGCGAAGCACGAGUGUCUCUGCAGCACAAACUCUGAGCCAAACUUCAUCAGCAAAUCUCAGUGUUCUGCUGCCUGUACAGACGAUCAUGUUAUGAAGAAAUGUGGGUGGACUAUGGCCCGUGAUGUGUUUGCGGUGAACUUCUCCAUCUCGCUGAAGCCUCUCCCACUCCAAAGUGUUCACGACUGUAUCGGUUUCACCGCCGCCUCCUCUGUCACUCCAGUAACACUGUCAUGGGACUUUGGUGACCUUUCAUCUCGGGUCAACACUACAGUCACCACAGCAACACACAAAUAUGGACUUCCAGGACGAUAUGCGGUCAGUUUGGUGGCCUGGGCUGGACACAAGGAGGUCUCUGCACGCGGGGAGGUGAUUGUGACUCUUCCUCCCAAACUGGAGCUGCGCUGUCCACCUCUUGCUGUGGCCAAUAAGAGUCUUGAGUUGACUCUUGUCAGCUGGGGUGCUGUUGGAUUGGAUGUAGACUGGAAGAUCAGAAAGGAUGAUGUCCAGAUUGCCAAAGCCUCUCCUUAUUGUCCAAUGGAUGGGGUGUACCACGCCGAGUCCUCACGCUGUUUCCAGAUUUUUCCAGUAGAGCUGAGCUGGACCGAUGCUCGACAGCAGUGUUCAGAGCACGGUGGGGAUCUGGCAGUAGUCAGAAGUGACGAGCUGCGUGACCUGCUGGCACAUAAAGUCACACAGGAGCGAGGUGUGUGGCUGGGCUUGAGCGAGGUGGACCCUCCAGGCAAGCUGCGGAUCUCCCACAUGUGUGUGUCACUUGAUCAGCGUGCUCAGACCAGUUCACACCCAUGCAACGCCAAGCGAGCCUAUGUCUGCCAGUACAGCCCCCAAGUGCAUGUUAAAGAUGCAGGGAUCUACUUGGUGGGCCUGGCUGUGUUUCCCUCCCAUAAUCCUUUGCACCGUGUCACCAGCACUCUACUCUCUGCUGCACAAACACCCGGCAGCGCCAUAGAGGUACUGCUGUUCCCGGCACUGAGCUUUGUUCAAGCAGGUCGUCUGUCCUCCCUGGAAUUUGUCACUCAGGAGCUUAGCUCACAAAUCCACGUCCGAUUCCAGACCUACAGACCUCACUGUCCAGGUCUGCACCUGCUGCUGCCCAGUUGUGGAAGUCUAGUGUGUGCUCCAGUGGCUGUAUGUGUCCCAAAUGACACCAGGGACAGUGAGCCACGUUCUUGUGCCCGACUAGAGCAGUGGUGUCCUUUCCAGCGUCGGUGCCUGGCCCUCUCCAAUCCUUGCCAGCCAUCAUCCUGUCCUAAUUGCACCCAGGGUCACCACCUGCCUCCUGGGGCGCUAAGACCCCGAUACAUGCUGCAGAAUGAGGUGGUCUUCACGCUACCAGCAGGACCAGCUGCACAUGUACUGGUGCAAGACCAAUUGGAGGACCUCCUGGUUUCCCACGGCGACAUCAUUGCCCUGCAGCAUGAUGCCGGCCCCGCCUCCCUCCUCCGCUGCCAAACCUCCUCGCACUCACUGUGGCGACAACCUGUUUUAGCCCUUAAUCAGUCAGAGUGGUUUUUGAUUAACAACACCAGACAGUCAACAGACAGCUCAGCUGACCACGACACUGACGCUCUACCUGACCCUGAGCUCGACGUGGAGGCGCUGGUGGAGGAUGGCGAUGGGGGCUGGCUGGAGGAUGCAGUGUGCCCCAUCAGAGUGCUCUAUGUGGGACACAGUGAGACGAAACUGCUGGGAACACAGCUGUCUGCUGGUCUACCCCAGCCCGGAUUAUACAACCUGCUGGUGACUUCUGCUGAGCCGUCAUACCCAGCCUCAGCAUCAUGCCUGUUGCGGGUGGUGCCUCCUCUGGGUUUGACGAUCCUCCACCCCUCUCCCAGGAAUGGCACCCUUUACCUGCAGCCCAACAACACCCGGCUGCUGCUCCGUGUCCAGUCUCGCUACAUAACAAAGGCAUCUCGGCGCAGCAGUAAUCACAAUGUGACCUUCCAGCCUGACUGUCCCCCAGAGUUUUCAACCAGCCCAUCACUCUGUCAGCCCGGACCAAACUCUGGGUCAGGGGUUGAGAUCCCAGAGCAAAGCCUGUAUGCAGUGCUUGAUCUAAACCUGGGGGAAGAGGAGCAAAGGGGUCCAGUGCAGAUGGAGUUAGAGGCUCACAAUAACGUGACCGAAGCCAGCCUGACUGUGGUUGUCCACCUGGAAAAUCCGCUCAGAGGAUUGGUGGUACAGCCACACCCUGCCCACAGGGUGUUGAUGGAGUCAGUCGUGAGUUAUACAGCAUCAGUGCUUGAAGGCUCCAAUCCCACAUUUAAAUGGACAGUUGAUGACAAGCCCUACUUCACUUACUACAACACUGUCCUCAAUGUGAUCUAUCAGCACGCUGCCGUCUACAAGCUCACGGUGACAGCUAUGAACCAUGUCAGCACCCUCACAGAGCAUUUCAACGUCACAGUGGACCGACUGCAGCCCAUGGCCAACCUCACAGUAAAGGGUGUUCCAGAUGUGGUCCCUCAGGGCUCCACUCAGACUCUCACCACCUCUGUGUGCGUGGACAUGUCUGUGACCGCCACCUUCCGAUGGUCUUUUGGUGAUGGGGGAUACAAGGAGUUUGAAUUCAAGCCUCCCUACGCCUCCUCCUUCCCCUGCCCAGACUUUCCCAAUCAGGUCCUCCUAAGCAACAACGUCACCUAUAUCUACUCUCAGCCAGGAAUAUACACAGCGCUGGUGUCAGUUUCCAAUCGUUAUGAGAACAUCAGUCAGAGCAUCAACAUGAGUGUCUACAGCAUCCUGACUCGUGUCGAUAUACAGACUGAGCCCCAACUUCUCCUAGCUAACAAAUCAGCAGAGUUUGAGGCUCAUCCUUUACCCUCACCUUAUGGCAUCCACUAUGACUGGCACUUUGGAGAUGGCUCUGCCCUGCUGCAAGGUCGGCGAGUGACACACUCCUAUGCACAGAGCGGUGUCUUCAAUGUCUGUGUAUCAGUGAACAACACUAUCAGUUCUACAGAGGCUUGUGCCGAGAUGUUUGUAUAUGAGGAGAUUGAAGAUUUAACAGCUGAAAGUUCCUCUCCGACAGAGCUUCACAGCCCCACUACAGUGCGGGCACACCUUGCUUCUGGUAACAAUAUCACAUGGACAUUCUCCAUGGGUGAUGGGAAGAUCUACACUCAUUCUGAGCCUCACGUGUCACACAGCUAUAUGAAAGAAGGCAACUACACAGUGAACGUGACUGCUGCCAAUGCUGUGAGUUCUGGCUGGACGAUCUUAACAGUGCAGGUAUUUGUCUUCCAAGUGGUGAGGAUGGAGCCGUCCGGGUGUGUCCAAGAAAGAACCCCUGUCUACUUCCAGGCCUCUGUGUCCGGUAACGCAUCAGCUCAUCUUUAUGAGUGGAGCUUUGGGGACGGGAGCCCCAAUGAGACACACCAUGGCAACCCCAGAGUCUCGCACACCUACUGGACAAAUGGGAACUAUCACCUCUCCCUGCUUCUCUCCAGUGGAGUCAACAAGGCUACCAAGGCCAACUUCUUCAACUGGGUAUGUGUUCAGCCAGCUUUAACCAACAUCAGCCUUACCCAUGGGAAAUCGCACUAUGCUGUCAGGGAGGAGAUACGGUUCCAGGUUACAGCUGAACCAGAAUUUAACUAUAGCUAUCAGUGGGACUUUGACAGAGAGGAAGACGUUGAACUCAUUCGUGGUUCUGGGAAUAUGGUGACAACGUAUAAAAACCCAGGUCGAUACAUGGUGACAGUAACGGUCUUCAAUAACAUCUCCACAAGUAAUACUAGUGUUCUGAUUGAGGUUCAGAUGCCCAUAGGACCAAUUGUUAUUCAACAUAAUGGCACUAAGUACAACAACCUGACACAUAGAGCACCAUAUGCUUUUACCACUUCUUCCUCAGCCUCUGAUGUCACUUACACCUGGAACCUAGGAGAUGGGAACGUGCUCACAGGCCAGAAUAUCCUCCACACCUACAAUUUCUCUGGAAACUACAAUAUUACUCUGACAGCCGCCAAUACAAUUAGCAAGAAUCACACCGUUUUACCCAUUGCUGUGCUUGCACCUAUCCGUGGACUAACCGUCAAUGCCAGCUUGAUAAAUGUCCCUCUCAAUGCCUCAGUCCACUUUGAGGCCCAAAUGGAAGAGGGAGAUGGCGUCCGGUACUCUUGGAUCUUGUGUGACCGCUGCACCUCAAUCCCAGGCACCCACACCAUGUUUUACACUUUCCGCUCUGUUGGCACUUUCAACAUCAUUGUGACAGCGGAGAAUGAUGUAGGAACAGCACAAGCGAGUAUCUUCCUGUUUGUUCAACGUGAGCUUGAGGGGCUGCAGAUCUUAACUGAGGAGGAGAGUGGAGGAGAUGGAGGCAUGGGAUUGGAUGGUUGCUGCUUUGCUACAAACCGUGUUCUCCACCUUCAAGCAGGAUUGAAGGAAGGAACCAAUAUGACCUUUACUUGGAACCUCAUCAGAGAGCAAGAACCCACCAGCUCAAUCUUCAACAUAAGCGGGAAAACCAUGGACGCUCAUUUCUCCACCCCAGGUCCAUGUAACAUCUUUCUCCGGGCUGUCAACCUCCUGGGCCAGCUGUCUGUCAACAGAACCAUCCACUUCCUGGAGCCAGCUGGAGGGGUGUACCUGCAGAUCAGCAACAACCCAGUUGCGAUCAAUGCUCCAACUAAUCUGACAGUACGGACUAUGGAGGGCUCAGACCUGCAUUACCGUUGGUCUGUUAAUGGGGACACUCUGCCUGGAACCAAGCCCUGGAUGACACACAGCUUUACAAGUCCUGGCCCAAAACUAGUGACUGUAGAGGCCUUCAAUAAAGUUAGCUCAAAGCUUGUGUCAAAGACAGUAAAUGUCCAGGAAAUAAUUUCUGAGCUAAUAUUCACUGCAACCAAUGUGACAGAGCAGAGUUACGUAGCUACCGGUGUCAGUGUCUCGCUCCAAGGGGAGGUACAGACUGGAACCAAUGUGACCUGGACAUGGCUGAUGGAAGGAAGAACAGUAACAGGAAGGAAAACUUCUCUUAUUUUCCAGGAGCCGAAAACAGCAACUCUUACUUUGAAUGCCACCAACGAUGUCAGUGGGCAAGUGGUUUCCAGGGAGUUCUUUAUUCAGGACAAGAUUCAGGGGUUGGAUCUGAGGGCAAGUAAAAACAUUGUAGAAGUUGGUGAGAAGGUGGAGUUCACCAUUUCUAUGGCAGCAGGUACAGACGUUUGUCUGAUCCUCAGCAUCAGCGGAGAUUACACUGUUACCCCUCAACUCAACCAAACCUACGUCCACACGUUCACCAGGGUGGAUACAUACAUGGUGAAUCUCACUGCUCACAACCAGGUGAGUUCCAAGAGGCGACACCUGCAGGUGGAGGUGAUGGAGCCGGUGCGUGGACUUUCCAUCCAGGGAAGCUGCGCAGCAAUCCCUGUAGGUGUGAAGAGAAUGUUUGUGGCCAACAUCAAGACGGGCAAACCUGUUCACUUCCUGUGGACAUUUGAUCUAAACCACCUCCUCAAGGGAUCGCAUAUAGGCAAAGAGGUGUCCUACACGCCAGAAGAAGCAGGGUUGUUGACCAUUUACCUGGCGGCCUUCAAUGCACUGCACGCUCAGAACAUCACCAAGUACAUCCUGGUGCAGAACCGGCUGACGUCUGCUGCCUUGUAUGCAGCACCUCGAGACACUUUCAUCAAUAAGACAGUGACCCUGAUGGCGUCUGUCACACCCAGAUCCAAUCAUGUGGAGUGUUUGUGGAACUUUGGUGAUGGUUCUACUCAUGUUCCCACCAACACCACAACUGUGGAAUACAAGUACAGACUGCCAGGACACUACUUGGUCAAAGUGAACUGCAGUAACCUGGUGAGCUGGGUGUUAGCGAAGGUGGAGGUAAACAUCAGUGUAUUAGAGUGUGAGGAACCAGAGGUACAGGUGGUUCGGGCCCCCCGCCUGGCCAUCUGGCGUUCCCAGUCCACGUUGGUGGAGGCCAGUGUGGACCUGAAGGGUUGUGUGCGCUACGGAGCUCAGUACCUCUGGCAGGUACUCUCCACACCCUCCUGUGAUAAUGACAAAGACCACCGUGUUGCCUCUGGGGUGGUGACUCAACCCUCCCAGUCAUUACCUGUCCCAGUAAUUCGCCUUCCGAUGGAGGUUGAUGUGCGGCGGCUGCAGCUUUCAUUGCCUAAAAUGGCUCUGGCAGCAGGAAACUACACCUUGGUGUUUUCUUUAUCAUAUGAAGGUGUGCCACUGAGGAAAGCUGCGUGUUUGCAACUCAGUGUCAUGGCUGCCAGGCUGAUGCCCAUCAUAGAAGGGGGCACCUACAGGGUGUGGUCGAGGACACAGGACCUGCAGCUCAGUGCAGAGCAGUCUUACGAUCCCAACAUGGACCCAGAAAGCCAGUCACGACUCCACUACCACUGGGAGUGCCAGAGCACUUCAAAGGGUCCAGAACACUGCUCCAGUCUGAACUUCGGCCUGGGCUCAAGUGGUCCAGUACUUGGAAUCUCUGGCUCCGAGUUGGAAGCAGGCGUCGAAUAUACUUUCAAACUGACAAUCAGCAAAGAUGGCAUGCCACCAGAGUCCACCACACAAACUGUACUCGUCCAGAGUGGCCAUAUUCCCAUGGUGUAUCUGGAGUGUGUGUCCUGUAAGGCCCAGUCCAUCUACGAAGUCAGCCACAACUCGUAUGUCUACCUGAGAGGAACCUGCACCAACUGCCAGGGCUUUCACCGCGGGCGCUGGCGUGCCAUGACGCUACAGAAUGAGACUCUGGUCCUGGACUCCUCCACCACCACCACAGGCAGUGGCGGCAUGAAUCUUGUGUUGCGGAAGGGCAUCCUGCGCCACGGAGACUCUUACAUCUUCACGCUGCACGUGACUGACGGCAGCCUGGAUGGCGAGGGUGCCGCUUCCAUCACGCUGCACCACAAUAUGCCCCCGACUGGUGGGAAUUGUCACCUGAGAGGGGGAGGGGAAGCAGGAAUGGACUACGGGGAUGGAGACAGUGGAGGCUGGAGGAUACGCACACUGGUGGACCGGGUACACUUUAACUGCUCAGGUUACAGUGAUCUGGGCGUUUCAGAGACGCCCUUGCUCUACAGUCUGCUGGUGAUGCGCUGCAAAGAAGAAUACUGCGAGGACUUCUGUGUGUACAAAGGCAGCAGUCCGGAGCACUCGGCCUUCCUGCCCCCAGGCUUCAGCUCAGCCCAACACCGUGUAACCGUAUUCAUCACAGUGGAGGACCACCAAGGAGCUGCGGUCACAGCAUUCAACGAUACCAUCGAGGUUGUGCUGCCAGAUCUGCCCCGUGAAUACACCAGCAUUCCCCAUUGGCUGGCUGAGCUGACAGACAGCAAACUCAAAAAGAUGCUGGAGCAGGGAGACUCCCAGAGGGUCAGAGAGUUAUCACUGGCUCUCAUUACAGUUCUAAAUGAGUAUGAGCAGACAAGGGAGGCAGUACGGCGGUCCCAAGCUGACCGUGGUUAUCGAGUCAGAGUUCGUAGCAACAUCACCAGAGCUCUGACCGCUUUGGACCUGACCACUGUUAACGACAUCCAGCAGACCUCCGCUGCUCUGGCACAGUGCACAGCGGUGAGCCGAGAGUUCAUCUGUGAGGAGUGUCAGAACAGCACUCUGAACAAACUGGAGUCCAUGCUGGAGAUUCUGCAAACUGACACUAAGCAGGGCACCGUCACCCCGACUGAGAUAGCUGACAAUAUUUUGAACAUCAUGGGUGAUCUGAUCCAUCAGGUCAGCCAGUCAGCCUCCCAGUCUUACAUCCAGCCUGCUUACUUGGAUUCUCCGUCAGCCUCCUCAACCUCCCCAUUAACCUCUUCUGGUGAAGAACAAGGAGGUAUCCUAUUAGACCCCUCUCCCUCCUCCCUGGAACCACACCCUCUGCGAGUGGCGGCCAAGGCUUACAGCCUGUCGUCGGUCCUCAUGCUGAUCCUCAUGCACGCCCGUGUGCUCAACGAGGAGCCGCUUGUGCUGAGAGGAGCUGAGAUCGCCGCCACUGGAAAACUGGCAGACCCCCAGAGCCUGCUUUGCUACCAUGGCAACAACAGUCCAGAAUGCCAGCGGUUCUCCAUCCCCCGCGCUUUCAACAAAAGUCUUGACAGAGCUGCUGCAGGAAAUAGCAUCAUGCAGCUACUCUUUCUGGUGGAUUCUAACCCCUUCCCCUUCAACUAUGUGGCCAACUACACCGUCUCUACCGAGGUGGCGUCCAUGGAGUUCCGCACUGAAAAUGGCACCCAGAUUCCCAUCUCUGGACUUGAUGAUAGUCUAGCCAUCACUGUUGCCAUUAACAAUGGCAGUGGUGGAGAAGUGGGUGCUGAGGGUUCUGGUGCCGGAGGCGUCCCCACAGCUGGAGCUGUAAACAUCAGCCACUGCAACUCUGUCAUUGUCACGGUCAGCACAGGAAAUAACAACCGACAGGCAGGACUGUUUGUGCAGCUGAACUUCACCUCUCUGGAAGACGCCAGAGAGAGGGAUAAAAGGGAAGAGGAGGAUGAGGAGCCGUACAUUAGAGCCUACCUUCAUUCUCAUGAACAACCUAAUGAGUUCAACUGCACAGACAAAAAACGUAUCACACUUAGUAUGACCAGGGGGCAAGACCUUGACCACAGGAAAUACACCUUCUUUCUGUCACCAGAGUUGUACGACACUACACUGGACUACUUUGUCAACGUGAGCACAUCCUGUGGACCCACCUCUCAUCCUGUGGGUGUUCAACUAGAGGUCGGGGUCUUUGCUUCGCUGUGUCAGUACUUCAGUGAGAGCGAAAAGCAGUGGCGGACGGAUGGCAUGGUACCCCUGGCAGAAACCAACGCCAGCAGAGCCGUUUGCCGCACGAGGCAUCUCACUGCCUUUGCUGCAGGCCUCUUUGUACCGACCAAUGCAAUCAGCUUUAAAGUUACAGAGCGCUCUGGUCCACCAAGCCUGGUCGUCCUACUGGUGUGUGUGCUAGGCUUGUUAAGCUAUGUUGUUGCGGCGGCCAUCUUGCACAAGUUGGACCAACUAGAUUUGCGCCGGGCCGGUGUGGUUCCACUCUGCGGCCGAGACGGUCUCUUCAAGUACGAGGUUCAGGUUAAGACUGGCUUGAGCCGGGGUGCAGGCACCACGGCUCAUGUGGGAAUCAAUUUGUACGGACGUGAAAGCCGCAGUGGACACCGCCAUCUCGACAGCAGGGGAGCCUUCACACGCAACGCUCUUGACAUCUUUCAUAUUGCUACAGAUACCAACCUUGGAAGUGUGUGGAAAAUCCGGAUUUGGCAUGACAACAAGGGUCUGUCCCCAGCGUGGUUGCUACAGUACGUCUUGGUCAAAGAUUUGCAGACAGGAAGCAGCUACUACUUCCUGGCUGAGGAGUGGCUGUCAGUAGACAACAAGAGAACUGAUGGACGGGUAGAGAUUGAGGUGGAGGCUUCAGAGGAGGCAGUGCUUCGUCAGUUUCCCCGCCUCCUGUGGUGUGAGCUUCAGAGGGCGCUAUGUGAGAGUCACCUGUGGCUGUCGCUGUGGGAGAGGCCACCCCGCAGCCCCUUCACCCGCCUGCAGAGAGCCACAUGCUGCGCUGUGUUACUGCAGCUCUUCCUAUUAGCAAACACAUUGUGGUACAAUAUUGUGGUGGAUAAAGGUCACAGCCUGCGGAACGUGCCUUCAUUAAAUGGAGAGACGGUUGCAGCGGGUGUGGUGACCUGUCUGAUCGCCUACCCUCUCUACCUGCUUGUCUUCACGCUUUUUAGAAUGAGCCGCAGCAAGUGUGUGUCUGUGGAGCAGGUGCCACCACAAGUGGACCAGGAGUCAGUGGAGAUUGAUGACUUCCUGGACAACUCCAUGGCUGGAAGUUCCUUCCUGUUUUUUAAUGGCGAGACCAAUUCAGAAGAAACGAAUGUAGAUUUGCCCACUCCAUCAACUAAAAGCAUGGAGAGUUGGGACAUGGCAGAGGAGGACACUGAGGACAGGGAUUGGCCAGAGCUGCUGAGUGAUGUGUCUGUGGUGGGAGGGGCGGGGCAUGGAGCAGGUCUGCCCAGGUUGAAGAGGGGUCAGGGGAGCAGACAUCUCGGUGUUGAUAUGACCUUUAACCCUGACGAGGAGGAGGGGACUGAACAACGCAACAAAUAUUUUACUUCUUCAGAUGAGGACCUGAUCAAACACAUCCUGACAGAUGGACAGAACUUCUUUCCUCAGGCAGAUGAAAGUGAGAUGGCUGACCUGUCGAGCAUUUUUGGAGAUAAGACAGAAGUGAUUCUCCUUCAGAAGCUGAAUGAGCCUCUUCCUUUAGAAUCUGUCAGAAGAGACCCACCAAAAACUGCUUUCACCUCGAAUACAGUUGUGACAGAUGUAUGUCGUCCCAGACGGUUCCCACCCUGGUGUGGACGUGCCGCCCUGUGGGGCAGCUGGGCAGGGAUUGCUCUGGCGAAUUGUAUUUCAAUUAUGGCGGGCCACGGGUUCAGUGCACGUGUGGCCAUGAUGUGGCUCAUCUCCUGUUUUGCCAGCUUCCUGUGCUCCUGCUUGCUGUUGGAGCCAAUUAAGGUGUUGUGUGAGGCAGUUUACUACGCUGUGUGUGUGCGUCGCCUGCGUCCAGAGGACCAGGACGUGCUAGUGGAGUUUCCCCGAGUGGAGAGAGUAGUCCAGCGGGUCCACAGGGUGAGACCACCGCAGGGCUUCGCUCUGUCCCAGGCCCGGCAUCAGGCCCGCAAGGUCCACAUGCUGCACACCAUGCUGAAGAAUUUCCUGGUUUAUAUGUUUUUCCUGUUGGUGGUUUUGCUUCUCAACUAUUCUGACUCAGCCAAAGAUGCACACAGCCUGAGGCUGCGCACGCAGCUGCAACGAGCACUGCACACACCUGAGUAUCACAACAUCAGCAGCCGCGAUGACGUUCUGGUGUGGCUGAACGAGUCCUUGUUACCACGCCUACUGGAUGACUCCGCCCUCUUGAGAGACACAGGAAGUGUGUUACUCGGCACGCUUAGGCUCCGGCAGAUCCGUGACAUGCAGGUUGCAGGUGGUUUAAGGUCAGCAGACAGUAUUUGGGGACAGGGCUGGGUCACAUCUCCAACUAAAGAUGCUGAGAAUUUCACAGCUUUCGGUGUUUCCGAUGCCAACUGGGUGAGACGUUUUGGUCAGAUGGUCGUGAAUAACAGCGGAGACUUGGUCCUUCAGCUCAACAGAAGCCUGGAAGAGGCCUCAUCCUGCCUACAGCAGCUGCAGCAGCUGCACUGGCUUAACUACAGGACCCAUGCAGUAUAUGUGGAAUUCUCACUCUACAACAUCAACACCAACCUUCUGGCUGUCUUCUCCUUCCUGUUCGAGUUCCCGGUUUCUGAGCGUGCUCAGUCCAGCCUUGACCUCCUUGUCGUCACCCUGUGGCCAAUCACAGGCCUGGACUUGCAGCUCCUUCUCAUGAUUAUCCUCCUCGCCUUGGUGUUGUAUUUCCUGGUGCGAGGGAUAUUGGGCUUCCUGGGAGAGGGCUAUAUGUACUUGCUGUCAGCCUGGAGACUCCUGGGCAUCUGUAAACUGGCUCUGUCAGCAUCUGUGUGCGGGCUGCACCUGAGCCGCUGUAUAAUGGCCAAGCAGCAGUGGGCUUCAUACCUGAAGCACCCACAGGAUGCCUUCACUGAUUUCUACCCGCUGGCCAAACAGAGUCAAAUGUACACAGUCAUGUCUGCCAUGCUGUUGUUCAUACUGGUGCUCAAGGCUUCCCACCAGUUGCGGUUUCUCAGAGAGUGGGCCGUGUUUGGCAGAGCUCUGCGGCGUUCAGUCUGGGAGCUACUGGGAGUCGCUCUGGCGUUACUGCUGUUGGUGCUGGCUUACUCACACACAGGGCACCUGCUCUUCCACUCUGUAUUUGACGGCUACGGCAGUGUGAGCUCAGCCUGUAUGUCUCUGUUGGGCGCUGGUGGACGUGGCCUGCUGUCGUGGCGACCUGGCUGGACGAUUACUGGCCCCUCCAGCACCGUCUCCUCGCUGAUGUUCCACGCCAGCUUUGCUGUACUUCGGUUGGUGCUGCUGUGGUUGGUCACCUCUGUGCUGCUGAGGAACUACCGGCGUGCGCGAGCAGAGCUGUACCGUCCAGCCGUGGAUCUCCAAGACUACGAGAUGGUCGAGCUGUUCCUCAGACGACUCAAAAUGUGGAUGGGACUCAGCAGGACCAAGGAGUUUCGUCACAAGGUCCGUUUUGAAGGCAUGGAGCUGCCACCAUCCCGUUCAUCCUCCACCAGCGACUGUAAGUCUCUAUGUUUGCCUCCACUGGAUGGUCCUGACUCCCCUCCCACCCCAGACAGCGUGGAUGCUGGCUCUGAAGCCUCAUGGCGCCCGGCCUCCUCCAGCCCCUGUAGCCUGACUGAAGCUCCGGGGAUUGGUUUGGGUCUCGGGCUGGGCCUGGGUUUGGGUCUCAGUCCAGGGGUGGUGGUGGGAGGUACCAGCUGGAGGGAGAGAGCAGAGACUGAAGCCUCCCUGAGGAGGCUGCUCCCCACUCUGGACGCCCUACUGCAACAGCUUGACCGUGUCACCAUGGCAACGGAGGAUCUGUACCACAUCGAGUGUAGGCUGGAGAAAGCCCAGAGGAAAAGGAGGCGCAGAGGGAGAGAGAGAGGCGGUGGCCAAGGACGGAGGAGUGAGGCAGGACAGAGGGGAAUGGGGGAGGACAAGAACAGAAAGAGUGGAAAAGAAAAGCACAAAGGGAGCAAGAAGGGGAAAAAGACAGAUAAAAGUGAACUUCCAAAAGACUGCGGAAACACUGCUGCCAAUCUCAAAAAGACUCCUGUAGCCACACCUGUUCCCUUUUUAAAGCCCAGACCAGCUUCUGCCUCUACUCAAACCUCCGCUCCUCAGUCUUCAGUUAAAUCUUCAGUCACAGAUAAAUCUGCCUCUGACUCUUCUUCUCUCCCCGUUUCAUCAACCAGCACUCUUCCCGCCAACGUCCAACCACCCAAAACAACCACUGCACCUCCAUGUACCCCUGCACCUACCACUUCCUUGCCAUCUACUCCUGCCCCUACGCCCAUUAGCCGGGACUGGGACCCCCCAACGGAAAGAGAGACCCUCCCCUCCUCCAGCCUGUUCAACCACCCGGCUCACACUACCACCAUUCCCACACGCAAGAGAAAACGUAAACCCCCACCCCUCAAAAACAAGGUGCACCCCAAUUUAGACAGACACGGGUCCGGGCACCCAAAACCCUGAAGGGGGCAGGUUUCUGGAUGGACGUACAAGCAGAAAUGAAAGGCGGAGCAAAAGAAUGUGAGAGUGAACCUUGGGUUAAGGACGAGAGGAGGACAGGGGCAGCAGGUUUUGUCCUCAGGCGCCCCUCUCUAAACCCAAGGAGAGGAAAGAAAACAGUGGAUGGAAAAGUAAUAGGACAAGGCACAUGAAGGAAACACGAAAUAUCACAGAUACUGCAAAAAGAACAGAAAGCAAUAAAAUGAGACUUUGCCGUCUUACAAGCUGUGCUCCAUCCAAAUCCCAUUUCAGUUCCCUCACAAACAAGGUGCAGGUCACCAGAUGUUAUCCGAGCUCUGAUAGUCAGCUCAGAUAGCUGGGUAAAGGUCAGGAUUGAAACCAAGAAAUACUCCUAUACCCUAUUCCCCGCCCCCCCGACACUGAACUGAACCUGAUCCCAUGUGACCCUGGAGGUCAUGUGGGGGUCACUGACAGGAGCACAUGAUCGUGCUCACCCAAGUUCAAACGAACUGAAAUCAUUCUUUUGUGUAUCUCUUGAAAAAACGUGUUGAUUUUCUCAGUUAUGUCGUCUGUCUACAUAUUUUUAUAUGAAUAGGAUAUUUGUGUUUUGCGGUCACCAUGGGUACUCGUGGCCUGUCUGAAAAACAAACAAACAAAAAAUAACCGUCAUGUUUUUUACGAACCCAAAUUUGCAUGCAGGCGCGCACAGAUAUACGCACACGCAGGUACUCACAAGCAUAGAAGUAACACUGAAGGCACAGACGCGCUAAUGGUGAUGUGUCGUACGUUUGAGCCCACAGAGGGACAAGGGGAAAACUAACUGAAGCAGACACACACACACUCACACAUAAGGCUGUAGGGAUCCAAGCAGCCAGUUCUUCAGGGUGCAAAUAUAACCAUAUUCUCCAUAAUUGACCAGUUUGGAGAAAUAAGGACCUUGUCAAAGAUAAAGAGAAGGCAGAUGAAUGAGAAGGAGGAGCAGCAGGUGGUAGUAGUGCAGGAAAAUGAAACAGCGUAGAAGUGUUUGAAAGCAGGGAUAAAGAUGAUGAGAUGAUGUUCAGCGGUCAAGAGGAAACAGGAAAGGAUUUGUCUUCGAUUAUAUAAGACUGAACAUUUACAUAAGUUCUCCCAUUAUAAAGCUAUAAUGACUCCCAGUCUUAUUACCUAAAUGUCUUUUUUGUUAUUGUUGUGUUCAAUAUGGUUGUGAUUUAAAAGCACUUUUUUGUAGAUUGUUUUUUUAAUGAAGUGUGGCAUCAUGUUUUCUGAAGUAAUAAGCUUGGUAUCAAAACCAAUAGAGAAAGCUUCACUCAUACUGUAUCGUGACUAUAAACGUUGCCAAAGCUUUCGCAUCAUUUAUGUAUUCUGAGUUUUACCAUGCCAAGUAAUUCAUUCGUUUUGUACUUAGCACUUUAUUCCCUAAUGGAGCUGAUACCCAAUGCCAAUAUUUAACUCUCGUGUGUCAAGUUUUCAUUUCCUUUUUUUUUUUUCCUUCUUCUUAACAGCUACAUUAUAGAAACAUUCUACUAAGUAUUAUCAAGGUAUGGAAGCAGUAGCUCGCAGUUGUGUCGUGUAUUCUCGUCUGCUCUUAAUAGUGUUCUUGUUUUUCUAUUGGUUAUUUUGAUCAACAUGCGUACUUCCUGUGUCCAGUGGGCAGAUCUCAGGGAACCCACCUUUUUCUCAAAACCUGGUAAGACAACCAAAACUAGAAGCUUAAUAGGUGUUUUCAAUCCAUAUCAUUUGCAGUUCAAUCAUUGACUCCCAGCCUGUUUUGGACUUAGGCUUCCGUCUUCUUGCAGACAAAACACUGGGAAGUUUCUACAGCAAGUGUUGGCCCCGUUUUAAUCACAUUAUAUGAAAGAAAAGAGCAAAAUGUUAACGCCCUAAAUUAGAUUAAAUUGGACCAUUACCUGCAUUCACCUAUUUCCUGCCCAGUAAAUUAAAUCUCACAAGUUCCAGGACCUCACGUAAAAAGAAUAACAAAGACCCAGCUUCACGUGUGUGUGUACGUUUCUGUAUAUAUUGGUGCUUUAUGGUGUAUAUAUUUUUGCUUUUCAGGAUCAGUAUUGUUUAUGUGCUGCAGCGGCACAUGCAUAGGUCAAGCACUGGUGUUGUAAACCCCGCAUUUUUACAUUCCUCCAGUCGAACUGAAGCACUACAGCCAAAGCUAUUGAUGUAUUUAACAUAACAUGUUGGGGUUCAACCAGAAACCACAGGAAGCUGAACAGUUACCGCCUCCACUGGCCUUCAUAUUCCUGCUCUGUGUGUGCAGUGAGUAACAGAUAAUUGCCAAAGCCCACCUUUGUGUCUCCUAGCUGUUUCUUCGUGUUGUUUGGUGCAUUAAGUUUGAAAACGGUGUUACGGAUUUGUCUUUGAAAAUAUUUGUCCUUGCUCCUUUUUUUUUUUUUGUAUCUCAUAUGUGUAUUUUGCAGUUGUAGCACUUCUCAUGCUUUUGCACUUGACAAAGUCGAAUAAAGAGUUUGACAGCUGAACUGCGCAUAAUGAAAUGGUUUUGGUGUCAAACAUUAACAAAUAAUUAUUCUCUUACCUUGUAUUACAGGUUUAUGCAAUUGACACAGCCAACUGAUAUUAUUCAACUCAUA